AUGCCGUCGAUUGCGGAGCGUCCGCGCUCAUCGCAAGAGGCGCUCCUCCGCCUUGAGAAGGGCACCGCCAGUCCAACAACCCAGAUCCACGAAGCGGCACAGAUUAUCGGCGUGGAUUUGACACUAUGUGACAGUCACCCGGAAGUUCACCGAGAUGUUCGGGUUCAAACAAACGCUACCCCGAAGGAGGAAUGGGUUCUGCGAUGGCUAUUGAAGAGACUGAGAAGUGGGAAGAACUAUAGGGUGGACGCGGCUUCGUUCCUCUUAUUACGGCAGCUCACCGACCUGAUUUCGCCGAAGAAUCUCGCAGCUAUUCUUAAAGAUCAGAAAUUCUUAUCGAUCCUAUGUGAUACAUUUGAAGACUUGGAGGCCGAUAUCUUUUCCGGUCUGGGGAACGGGCUCGCAAACCUCAGUUCUGACUCCGAGUCCAGUCACACACUGUCCGGAUCUCCGACGCAUGAUGAUCGCCGAGGAAACCAAGGGAAAAAACGCAAGAGGAUGACAACUGAGAAUGAUGCAGACGCCAUGGACGUGGACGUGGACGAGCAGCGGCAGAACCCCGCAGCAUGCUUCCUCGCCUUCAUCCGCGCCUUGGAUUGUCUACACGGAUUUGUGACACUUGCGCACCGCACACUAGGCACUGACGGGGUUGCAAACUCCCAUUUGAAGCUUGCACUGAGGGGCGAACCCGAGGCCGUCGCCAUGCUGCUGGGUCGAGCAUUCCGGGUAGCCGCAGUGGCCGCCAAGCAGUUCUCACAGGAGGGGAAAACAACCGAUCUUCAGCACUUGCUGUACGUGUUUCCCUCGGCGGUGGAACUGUGGGAAUCGAGGUCUUACCGCGAAGAUGAUAUGGACAACAAGUCGAGCAACGAAUUUUUCGCGAGACAUUGCUUCGCCCACGCGCUUAGGCUCCAAAUUUGCCUGCGGUCUGCCAAACUUGACACCGACGAGCGAGCCAGUCUCCUGCAUGCGAUUGAACGCAUUAUUGCUCUUCAUGUCUUACUCCCCGCUCGUGCAGCAUUCUUUGCGCGUGGAAGCUCCGGCAUCGAUUAUUCUCAGGAUGAGCCCGACUGGAGCUCGGUCAAACCAGUGACUGAUACUUUCAGGCCGAUCAUUCGCGAGUUUGCCGUGGCUAAGGAAAACAAAGCAAGCAAUGAAGCUUAUGUGUUCCGGAGGCAGACGCAUGAAGCUCCGUGGUUGGAGACUCUGUUCGUCGCUGUUGCGGAGCUAGCUUUCUCCACUGCAAAGGAGGAAGACUUCGCCACAUUUUCUUCUAAGUUCAUUUCGGUAUUGGAGCAGCUCCUCCAGGUCGCUCUUGACCGAAAGGUCGGACUCUCUCUUCACACCAUUCUAGCGCAUGCCAAUUACACUGGUCUUUUCGAACAAGGCCUUGAGAAGGUCCAGUGGAAUGUGACGGCUCUGUUUAUCAGUCUUGGUGUUGAUAUUUUCCUGCCAAACUCCGGUUUGCGUGAUUCACGUAAGCUUCUUGACGCAUUGCUCGACAAGGUUAUGUUGCAGUGGCGCGAAGGUGGUUCUCGGAGACGGAGGGACUACGACAUAAUCAAGAGCAAGGUCGUGCUGCCGUUGUUGCGAGGUUUCGCUGCCGCACGAGACCUGCCCAGCUUCAUGGAAUUGUGGCACAACCAACUCGUUAUUGUGGAGGAGGCUCGCCAAGAUAACAGCAAUUUGAGUAUGUUCUCGGUGUGGGAAGAUGAUGAGUUGGCGGACGCUUACUCGGAGCUUAUGCGAACUUCCCUCACUGAGACGCAUAUUGCUGCCCAGAUGCGUACCGCUGCGAGCGAGACGCGAGCUGAAAAUGGCAAGGUCGCUGAAACCCCCGAGUCCUAUGCCAAAUUUGUUAUUGUCGAGGCAAGUUUCCGUGGCCGAGUUUCGACAUUCUCAGAAUCGGAAAAGAUCUUGACAUCUCUCCUGGAAACUAUCACCUCUACUCUGUCGUCGAAGCAGGCUCUGCACUGGCGAUGGCGUCUGUGGCGGUUGGUUCGGAAUUUCCUAGAGAACACCCUGCAGUCAGCCGAUAAUACCAUGGCAAGUGCAAUCAUGUCAUUGGUAGAAGUCGCCGCCAAGACUAUUCACCGUAACCACAAGGACCUAACCAAAGCUCAACUUGCUCCUCUGGAAUCGUGGGAGGCUUACCGGUUUUUGAUUGCUGCAACGAAGGCACACGCCAGUGAUGAGCAGCUAGGCUCGUUUGUUAAAGCCACCAAGGAUGUCACAGACCUCAUCACCUCCAUCUCAACCAAGGAUGCCAAAAAGUCGAUGAAAGCACCCUGGAAUGGCCGCACAGAUACUGUGGAUUCCAAAACAACCCUUGGCUUAGCUUACUUCCUGGCCAUUGUCAGAGUUCCGGAAGUAUGGGCUCUUAUCUCUUCUGACGAUCGAUCCCGUCUGUUCCGUCAUAUCCUGUCCCUGGCAGCUGCUCAAUACCAUUCGUCGUCGUUGCCCUUGGAGGCUGUUGCAGAAGAAGCGAAGUUCCUCCAGGCAUGGGCGACCGUGGUCUGCCACGAAUAUAUGCUCAACUCUCCCUUCAUUGUCUCUGAUCUUUCCCUUCUCCUCAACGAGAGCAUCGAGCAAGACUCGUCCAAUCGGAAAUUGCUUGUCGAGAGCUUGCAGAGGGUUCCGGCGCCGUUGAUCACCCGUGGCCUGAGAACUACCAUUUUGAACAAGUUGCAAAAUGUUCUACUUGAACAGGACAGUUCUCCCGAUGUCAUGAUCGGAAUUAUUACGAUGAUGGCGAAACUGGCUGCCAUGCCUAAAUGUGAUGCCACAAUGACCAGUGACUGGGAGCCCAUCUGGACUGCCGCUCGAGCCGUACCAUUGGAGGGUACCGACCUCGACCUCAAGAUUAUGAAAGCAUUCCGAAGCCUGCACCGCGCGAUAUCGGCCAAGCUCCUUGUUUCGUCUGAAGCUGAUCGGAACAAGAUCUUUAAGAAACUCUUUGCCAGGGCAUCGAAGCAGACCGCUAAAAUGAAGCAGGUGGAUCGCGAUUCCAUGGCCUGUUACCUUCUGAGGUUGACCUUGUCAGAGUUAUGGGUUAACCGCAAGCAGCUGCAGACAGCCUUCUCAGAGGAGGAACUUGCUGCUUGUCGCCAGAAAGUGUUCGACUUCGUUUUGGCUGACAUGAAACAUGUCAAAGACCAGUGCCGGAAGCAGAAGAUGGAGGAGACAAUUACUCUUAUCAAGACCAUCGAUGCUCUGGAGGAUUUCGAAGAUCUAGCCACCAACAACGCCGAAGUGGAGAAGUUCCUGUCCAAGAUUGACAAUUACAUGGAAAUGUCCGUCGAUUCGGAACCGUCUCGGUUAAUCCGGCGACGCCUUCUUGCCACCAAGGGACCCGAGGAGAACAUCGCUCAUCCAGUCCUGCAAUGCGCCGAGACUCUUGCUCUUGAGUCUCUCUAUGCCGAGGACCAGCAGCUCUUCAUCCGGACCACCACCGAACGUUUCCGCUCAAUGACCGUGGAAAAGAUCACCCAAACGAUCUGCGAAGUCCGCGGACUUGGCUUAGUUGGCGAAAACGCCGCCUACAGACUUCUCGUGCUCUACCUUGCCGUUUCCUCGCUCCCUCCUGUUGAAGACAAAGAGAGCGCCACAGCACGCGAGAUCUCCCUCCUCUGCACGUCCCUCGCCGAAGCCAUCACCCAAAGCACAAGCAUCGACCAAUUCUGCUUCGCGUCCGAAUGCCUGGACCUCCUCCUCCGUAGCCACACCCGAAGCCUGACACAAUGCAACAUCGACAGCAUCCUCAGCGCAAUCGCGAGCGCCUCCUCCAAAAUCGGCCCCCAGAUCUCCCCAGCCUACGCACCAACCAUCUACACCCGCCUGUGUCGACUAAUGGGCGUCGUCCUCAGCCUGCAACGCCUCAAGAUCGGCGGCCGCUUCCACCUAGUGGUAAACGCUAUGCAGCGCUUACUGGGCUGUCUCUUCGCGCGGUCCCGCAAACGCGGUCGCUCCCGCUUCCAGCCCACCUUGUCGCAACCCUUCUGGCUCGCCCCGCUCGACGCCUCGCACGCUACGUACUACACCCGUCUGCUCACCUCGCUGUGCGACCCUACCGUCUCGGCGGUCCUCCGUCCUCAGCCUGGUUCAUCCCGCGAGGCCCUGACUGACCAGACGAAGAAGGCGAAGCGCAUUGCCGGUCAGUACUUGCAGUAUGUUGUUAUGGAGUAUGCGCAGUGCUCGCUGCGUGGGUCCCUGUCUCCGGAGGUCAAGGCUGCUAUCUUGCCUGGUCUGUAUGCUGCUCUGGAUGUCAUGUCGCGUGAGUCUAUGCGUGCUCUUAAUGCUGCGUUGGAUGUCUCUGGUCGUGCAGUGUUCAAGUCGCUUUAUGAUGACUAUGUGAAGUUCGGAAAGUGGAAUAAGGGUUGA